CUUCUUCAGCUCCUCGGCUGUGCUCGCCCCCCUUCGCUUCCUUUCGUUAGGCGAUCGACAGCAAAAGCGAUCGGCGGCAUGAGCAACGGCAAGAUCGUGUGCGUCACCGGAGGCUCCGGGUACAUCGCCUCCUGGCUCGUCAAGCUCCUCCUGCAGCGCGGCUACACCGUCCGCGCCUCCGUCCGCGACCCCGAUGAUCCGAAGAAGACUGAACACUUGCGUGCUUUGGAUGGGGCCGCUGAGAGACUUCAUUUGUUUAAAGCCAACUUACUAGAAGAGAAUUCCUUUGAUGCUGGGAUUGAGGGUUGCGAUGGUGUUUUCCACACUGCAUCUCCUUUUUACCAUGCAGUCACUGAUCCGCAGGCUGAGUUACUUGAUCCAGCAGUGAAGGGGACACUCAAUGUGUUGGCUUCCUGCAAGAAAGGUUCCAUUAAAAGGGUAGUUGUGACAUCAUCAAUGGCUGCUGUCGCCUACAAUGGUAGACCACGAACUCCUGAUGUGGUAGUUGAUGAUACAUGGUUUUCAAGCCCUGAAGUUUGUGAGCAGGAUAAGCAAUGGUACGUUCUCUCAAAAACCUUGGCAGAAGAUGCUGCUUGGAAGUUUGCUAAGGAAAAUGCCAUUGAUAUUGUCACGAUAAACCCAGCAAUGGUCAUAGGUCCUCUUCUUCAGCCAACACUAAACACAAGUGCUGCUGCAAUCCUUAACCUGAUAAAUGGUUCAACUACAUAUCCGAAUCUAUCGUUCGGGUGGGUUAACGUUAAAGAUGUGGCCAUGGCACACAUUCUGGCAUUUGAAGUUCCUUCAGCCUCUGGAAGAUACUGUCUAGUUGAAAGAGUUGCUCACUACUCAGAGCUUGUGAGGAUUAUACGGAAACUUUAUCCUUCUCUUCCGGUGCCCGAGAAGUGUGCUGAUGACAAACCCUUUGUGCCAAUAUACCAAGUCUCCAAGGAGAAGUACAAAAGUUUGGGACUUGACUACACUCCCAUCGAAACAAGCAUCAAGGAAACUAUUGAAAGCUUGAAGGAGAAAAACUUUGUUAAUUUCUAAUGUUUUUAACCAGGCAAGAAAGAGAGCUUUUAUCGUAGAAGUCUUUGUUCUUCCAAAUAAGACUAAAGAUGUGGUAUUCAAUGUUUCUGGUGUGUCCCAAUUGAUGAAACCAAUUUAGUAAGUGAAACUAUAUUAAUUUUCUUAAA